AUGGCUCCCAAAGGCGGUCCCGGCGGGCGGCAGCAGUCGGAGGAGGAUUUGCUGCUGCAGGACUUCAGCCGAAACCUCUCGGCCAAAUCCUCGGCGCUCUUCUUCGGCAAUGCCUUCAUCGUCUCCGCCAUCCCUAUCUGGCUUUACUGGAGGAUAUGGCACAUGGAUCUUGUUCAGUCUGCAGUCCUGUACAGUGUAAUGACCCUCAUCAGUACCUACCUGGUAGCUUUUGCCUAUAAGAAUGUCAAGUUUGUUCUCAAACACAAAGUAGCACAGAAAAGAGAAGAUGCUGUUUCCAAAGAAGUCACUCGCAAGCUGUCUGAGGCAGACAACAGGAAGAUGUCUCGGAAGGAGAAGGAUGAAAGGAUUCUGUGGAAGAAAAAUGAAGUUGCAGACUAUGAAGCAACAACUUUCUCCAUCUUCUACAACAACACUCUCUUCCUGGUCUUGGUCAUCAUUGCUUCCUUCUUUGUGCUGAAGAACUUCAACCCCACUGUCAACUACAUCCUGUCCAUCAGUGCUUCAUCUGGCCUGAUUGCUCUGCUGUCUACAGGAUCCAAGUAGACCCCAAACCCCACAGCAGUUUAGUUCUGCCAUCCCAAAAUGGAGGAGGAGCACACAUUUAUUGGGGUUUUUUGUUUUUUUUUUUUUUAAUACAGUCUGGAUGCUUGAGGGUGUGGGAGGGAAGGUUUGGCUCCAAAAGGACUGAGUUGCAGCCACAUUUGGUGUCAGCCCAUAAUUCAAUUAAGAAUGGUUAGGUUGUGCUUAACAGUGGGAGGGAAAAGCCUAGGGAGCAGUUACCAAACCUCAUUUAGAAGCACCACAGAGGUGUGGUGGUACCACAGACCAGCACAAGUGGUUCUGCUCCAACUCUUGUCCCUCCUGUCAGGCUGGGGACUGAGCCUAAGUCCCUCAGCAUGAAGUGACAAAUCCACCAUUUCUGGUUGUAACUUGGAAAGUUUUAAUA